CUAUAAUUAGUUACCACUGAUGUUUCUUAGUUAGAAAACGCGUGAUCAAGAUGUGCUGGCGUUAAUAUAUAAUGAAAUCACCUGUGUUAAUUGAUAUAAUACUGGUAAUUGGACGUAUCAUAAUUGUUGUUAAUUGGUACCUGAGUCGGGUACACCAACGUACUUUUUCAAGUGCCGUCGCAUAGUUUUUACACAAAAAAUCAAGGAACUCGUCUAUUGGAAAGGUGAAAACGAGGCUGCUGCCUUUGACCUAAUUUGCAAUACACAACAGUUUCUAUUUUGAGUGAACGCGUACUCGGGUGUGUGUGUGUGUCCAAACAAAAUGUCAAAUGCGAAGGAUGCGGCAUUUCGGUGCCAGAUAAAAAGUGGGAGAUUGUGUAUUUUACAUUCAGGGAAAAUCUAUGAUGUGACCGACUUUGCAGACCGUCACCCAGGUGGUCGAGAAAUAAUUGAAAAUCGUGUUGGACAGGACGUUACGCAACUUAUGAAAUCCUUAGAAAUUCACAGACAUUCACCUGCGGCGUUCAAAAUUUUAGACAGAUAUUAUAUUGGAGAGUAUAGCACUACAAAUGGAGUUACACAUAGACAUAAAGAGAAAAAUGGGCAUGUAGAGGGGCACACAAAUGGAUAUGCAAAUGGUCAUGUGAACGGAUACAUGAAUGGACACGCAAAUGGUGUAUCAAAUGGAACAGCAAAAGAUUCUGUAGUUCAAUUUGAUGACCUGGUGGACUGGUCCAAGCCAGUUUUCUGGCAGGUUGGUGGCCUUGGGGAUAAAUAUUACGAUUGGGUACACAGUCCAAUUGAUACUUCCUUGAGACUGUUCCAUAAUGAUUUUGUUGAGACGUUCUCAAAGGCACAUUGGUGGACUGUGCCGCCUUUUUGGGUACCAAUUAUGCUGUUCUUCCUUAUUGACUCCUAUCUCAGAUUUCAGUCGGAGACAGUGUACUGGAACCUUGUUGGUGUAGGAGGGGUAGUGGUGUCACCAAUUUUUCUUCCGGUGUUGUUUAUUGGUGGAUUUCUGGUAUGGACUAUUGUAGAGUAUAUUGUACAUCGCUGGGUAUUCCAUACUACCCCACCACCUAACUCCAAAUUCCUUAUCACAGUGCAUUUUCUGUUACACGGGCAACAUCAUAAGUCGCCAAUGGAUAGAACUCGCCUUGUGUUCCCACAUGUACCUGCUUGUGUGCUAGCAACAGUUAUAUACUUCUUGUACUGGACCUUAGCACCUACGGCUGUAAAUCAUGUUGUGUUUGCUGGUACAAUUUUUGGAUAUCUGUGCUACGACAUGACACAUUACUACCUACAUCAUGGCAACCCUUCGUCAUCAUAUUUCAAAGAUCUCAAGACAUAUCAUGUAAAACAUCAUUUUAAAGCACAAGAUCAAGGCUUUGGAAUUUCUUCGAAGCUGUGGGAUUUUCCAUUUGGAACUUUGAUCAGAUGAGGUUGGGAAGGUCAGAGGUCAGCCGAGUUCUGUCCAAUCAUAGUGCCUAUAUUUAUAACUUUCUAGCCAGUAUGACCUUCACCUAGAAAUCAGCAAAGAGUUGACCUUGAAACUGGGUCAUAUGGGCAGCAACGCAUUUCUCAUGAAAUCCAGAUCUGUGCUAAGGGGAGUUCAUCUGUCUGUAUUAUGUUGAUAAAAAGUAGGACAGUUAUUAUGUGAUGUUAAUUAUUUUGUGAUGUUAUGUCAAGUAAAAAAAAAUGUUGUUAAAAUGAAUUGUUAGGAAAUAACUUUAUAAUUCUAUGCUUCUGUUUAAGUUAUGAAUACUAGAAUGGCUCUUGUUGUUGUUGUUGUUGUUGUUGUUGUACACAAUCUAUCAUUCCACAUUGAAGAAGAUAUAUUUGUUAAUGAUAAAACAGAAAGUGUAUUUUUAUUUACCAUUUGUUGUAAAUUUGUUGUUUUACCUCAGGUACAUAAGAAAUUAAUGAAAUUUGAUGUUCUAAGUGUUGGAAGUGCUCUACGCUUUGUAUUAAGUGUCUUUUGUUUGGAAAAAAGAAUAACAGCAAAAAAAGUACUCUGUUUUAUACCAUCUUGUGAACAAAGCUGUAUGUGAUUGGAGUAAAAGAAAAAUAUUAUGUGACAGGUUAACAGAAUAAGCUUAGCCUCUGGUGUUCAAUGUUAUAAAUCUGAGUUUGGAAACUAGAGAAGUAAAUUUUUGCUAGAAUACAACUGAUGAGAUGCCGGUGGUCACCAAACGUACUUUUAGUUUAUACCAAUUUAUUUUAGUGCGACUGUGGUGAAAGCUUCAAGCUUAUUUGAACCCCUCUCAAGUCUGCUUCCUGGAAUAAUCAGUGCUGGUGUCAUAAUUAUGAGAAGGUGUGGUUAUGACUACAGAGGGGCUUGAACCAAUGACCACCGCUUUCCUGAAAAAUCAGUUAUAUAACCUUGAACACUGAUGUAUAUUUGCAUUUUUAAAACAGAAACAUUCAUACACAUUAUAAAAAGGUUUUACUGAGAAUUAUCUUAAGACAGUGUUUUUUUGUAACAUUGUUGAUUGAUCUGGUAUAGACGUCAUUGACCGAUUUUGGAGGAACAUUGUUGAUUGACUUCACAUAGACAUUCUUAUUUGCUUUACUGUUUUCCAACUGAAAACUUAAAAUACAUUUCAUUUCUAAACACUCACUCUGAGUUUCAUACAGAAUAAAGUCAUGUCCAAAAGUUAUCACACAUUUUUAGCAGCUCUUUUCUUUAGGCAGGAAAAGAAUUUUCUUGCCAUUGUGUACCAAAUAUAGAUUUUGCUUUUUCCCGUGCUUUAAAAUUGUGAUUUUAUUUGCUGAAUUUCUAGGACAGGUUUAUACAAUGUAUAUCUGCACGUAUAUACAUAGAUCUGAAGCAGUUGUUUUUAUAACAAAAUAUGUAUUAUCUAAACAUUAUAUUCUUUUGCAUUUAAUACAACGUUUAAAUGGGGGAGGAACCCGAUGGGUUGAGGGGGUUAUACAAUUCAUUUUAAAUAGGAAUUUCGUAAUGUUAUGUCCCCGCGUUUUUUGGUUCUUUUUCAUAUUUAAUUUCAAAUGCAUUUCAUGUUACCUACACUAUUGUAGUUUUUCGCUGAACAUUUUUGUAUUUUACUUUCUAUCUUUUAUUUGGGGAGUUAAAAAGUAAUAGGUUAGAAACUGUCUUUAUAAAGAAAAAACCUGUACAUUUCAGAUACUUACAGGUACCAGACAAAUACUUCUUUUCCUGUUGAGAAUGUGAUUUCACACAGUCAGUAAAAAUCUGCUUUUUGUCUAUAUACAGUUACAACACUUGCAAAAAUAUUUGAACCACACCAUGAGAAAACCAACAUAUUGCGUUUGCGACCAGCAUGGAUCCAGACCAGCCUGCACAUCUGCGCAGUCUGGUCAGGAUCCAUGCUGUUUGCUUUCAAAGCCUAUUGCAUUUAGAGAAACCGUUAGCGAAAACAUGGAUCCUGACCAGACUGCGCAGUAUAUGCAGGCUGGUCUGGACCCAUGCUGGUCGCAAAUGCGCUAUGUUGGUUUUCUCAUGGUGUGGCUCUUUUUGUAAUUACCAUGUUCUGAUUGAAGAGAGUCGGAAAAAAGAAGUCUGAGUGUACAUGAUAAAUUUUAGGUAAAAAUGUAAAUAUGUUGUUAUUGUAUUUAAGUUAUUUAUGCAUUUUAGUUAUUAGUAAUUUAGUUACAUUUGUAAUAACGUACCUUUGCUAGGAAGGUUUUUGACUGAUAUUUAUGUACUUCCAUCUACUUUUGUGUAUAUUAACAUAUCAUAUCGGUGCAAUAUGGCUGUAGUUGUACUGCAGUCAUUAUUGAGUUAUUGACAUUUUACACAAGUAAGAUACAUAUAAGUUUACUGCGUGUGACACAAUAUGCUCGAAUGCUUAAGCAGUUGUUAAAAGGCCUUCUUUUUCUGUAUAAUAUUUUAAGUACUAGCAGGUCAGUACUCAGUAGUACUCUUGAUGUUUUUUGCCAAUUUGACAAAUGAUGAGAUUCAAAAAUUUAACCUUUAGCAUGCUAGAUAAUUUGUCGUCUGCUGGAAAUGUCGUCUGCUUAAAUUGUAAAGUUCAUUCAAUUUGCUCCAAAAUUGGAAGAAAUAUUGUCAGAGUAGCAAACAGCUUGGAACCUGAUCAGACGCCGAUUUAAUCGGCGUCUGAUCUGGUUCCAAGCUGUUUGCAAAGGCUGUUAAAUUCGCCUGCAGCAGGCUAAGGGUUAAAUCAUCAUUAUCUCCAACAGUGAAUUCCUAAACUUGGGGAAAAGGCUCUAUAAAAUCAAAUAGCAAAACAUAAAAGCUACAUGAAAAAAAAUUAUUAUAUGCACUGAUUUACUGAUCAAAAACAAAAAUGAUUACUGGUUAUAAAUUAGUAUUUUCAAAAGACUCAAAUCAAAAAAGUUGAAAAUUUUUAAACCAGAGGCUGAACAAAAUUAAUGUUUCACUGAGGAUUGACAGGUAAUUUAUUUAUUUUUACAUUUCUUCAAGUUAUAAUCUUUCUAACAAUGCAUAUUAAGGGUAACCUGGAAGUCAAAAGUACCUACAAAAGCCAGGGAAUGUUAACAAGAAUUUUGUUUGAAACAUAAUCUUGAUAGGUAUCGUUUAUAGUGUAAAAUAUUAAGUGUACACAAAAGUUAAAAAUGUUACAUAUUCUCAAUGCUGUCCCUAUGCUUUUUGAGCUGGAAAAUCUUGUUUUAGACACGGAUGAGAUAUUUUAAAAUUUUACAUGAAUAAUAACUUAUGGGAAAGUAUUCCCUCCUAGACUUAAAGAACAAGCAUCCAAAUAACCUGAAUCAAACAUCAAAGAAAAGCUUUUAUUAGUGUCUUGUCAGGAAACUGGUACUGUCUGUCCACUAGUUCCCAGCUAGUAGAGUGAACGAGAAGAGAAAAGUAUCCAAUGAUUCAUUUAUUGAAACAUGUUAAAUGUAACAGAGUUAGCAGGAGAAUCAAUGGAAUCUAUAAAGCAUAUUUAGUGUAUAAUUUUCAACAUUGCAGUAAACUUUUAUGUUUUUUAGACAAGUAUAAAUUUACAUAUUCAUAUUCAUACUAAGUGGUAUAUUUGUCAGUCGAUUUUGUACCUUUUGUAGAUUUGUUUAUGUAGAUUUUAGAAUGGUCUUGCUUUCUUCCAAUUUUGUUAGUGACUCUGCAGCAGGGAAUACUUUAAACAGAUUUUUUUAUGGAUUUAAGUGUAAUAAAUUUGUGUAUUUUGUUGAAUCAGCAUUCUGCCUGUUCCAAGGCAUUUUCAUGUUUUAUUUUCAAUGAGAUACUAGUGCUGUGUAAUAACUAGUACUGUUUGUUAUGAAGUCUUCAUUUUUCGUAUGUGAAGAACAGUUACUGUUGCACAUAGUUUCCUGUAGUUAUAACUGUUUCUUAACAUCUUGUCAUCAUCUAUGCAAAUACGGCUGCUGUUGAUUUCAAAUUGAAGGCACAGAUAAAGAUCUUUGCAACGUGCCGCCAUGGCCAAGUGGUUAAGGCGGCUGACUUUGUACAAUUUGCCUUUCAACUCUGGUGAUUCGAGCCGUUCUUGUGUCAUGUUUUGAGGAAACACAGUUGCUAAUCAGUACAUGAAGUAUUGUCCAAAGGAACACCUGGCAUCCUCCGCCACCGUUAAAGAUGGAAAGUCAGUUUAUAAUCUGAUUUAUGCCCAUGUGACGUAAACCAAUCAGUACAAACAUAAUACAAGAUCUGUGCAUGAUUUUAUUUCAAGUUAUUUCUUUAAUCAGAAAAGUUAUCUUGAAUUGAGCUGUAAGAUAAGAGUGGAAAGUAUUUAAUUACCCGGUUAUCUGCAUUGUGUUGACAUGUUUACUCCUUUUUUACAUAAUAUGUAUUCUAAAAUUUUUUUAAUAUUUUAAACUUGUGAAUGAUAUAGUAUAUUACAUCAGGGGGAAAAAUACACUCUUCCAAAUGCCAAACAGGUUUGAGCCAAAUUUUAUAAAAAUCAGACUAUAUAUAAAACAUAAUUCUAGGUAUUAGAAUUGGUGGUGCCUGCUGACAUAUUUUUCCCCUGUAAAAAUGUUUGUGAAAAAAAAAAAUCAGUUAAGGUCAUGUUUAAAAAAUGCUUUUUGUUAUAAGGUACUUAUGGAUAUUUUUUGAGAACUGGUAGAAGCUUUUGAUAGGCAAAUCAGAAUUUGUUUGUUUACUUGUAGUAGAAUAUUUUCCAUAUUCUGCUUUUAUUCAUGAAGUAUUUUGCCAUUUAGCAGUUUUUGAGAGGGCUUUACAGGUAGAGUUACUGAGACCAUUGAUAAAAUAUCAAAAUACACAAAAAUAAUGUUUGAAUGUUUGUAUCAGAUAUAUGAACUAUUAAAAUUGAUAAUUGUGCCCAUUAUGUACAUAACAUGCUUUCCUAUGCUAUGAUUUAUGUAAUAUGGUCAAGUGCCGUUUAUUUACGCGAUUUGUUUUUGUUUUGGACAUUUUGAUCGGUUGUUAUUGUAAUUAGUGUGUAUGGCCUACAGUUGUAGCUAAGAUGUGUAUUUUAGGUUUUAGAUCUAUUUUGUAGUGUAUAAAUGUGCAGUUAAGAUAAUGGACCCGUAAUGACAAUCGGCUGUUUCAGUGCAUUCCGUGUCCUCCGUAUUCGAUUUCGGCAUCCUUCGACAUUAACAGAAGUUACUUUCACAAUAACAGGAGAAUGCCAAAAUCUCAUACGGAAAAUACGUAAAUGAACGGAAAUUGCCGAUUGUCAUUACGUCCACUACCUUAAAGGCUAGCGGUUAUGUGAUCUGUUAUGCGUGAUCUGAAGUUUGAAGUAAAUUUGCUUGUUUAUUUAUUUUUGUUAGUUAUUCCGGUCUUUGGUAUACAUAGAAAAUUUCAUAUUUUUUGGAUAGGUGAUGUUUCUUUGAAUGGCCUGUCACCAGUUGGGUUUUCAAAAAUAUAUUCUUUGGGGAAUUGCAUUAUUCUUUGGGGAAUUGCAUAUCAGUGAAUUAGACAUACUUAUAUUGUACUUUUUUCAUACUUAAUUUAUACAAAUGUAACUAUUUAGUGCAGGUUAAAGAACUGACAAUAACAUAGUAAAAUACAUGUAAUACUUAACCCUUAUCAUGCUGGGCACGAUUUGCUUCUGCCUUUGUGACCAGUGUAGAUCAUGAUCAGCCUGCACGUCCAUGCAGUCUGAUCAUGAUCUGCACUGUUCGCCAUUCAGUCAGUAUCGUUUUUGGUAAGCACCCCUUUUUACAGUUAAUGGUACUGUCCAAAUUGAAAGAUGGACCAGUUCAUUAUAGAAAUUUAGCAGGGUUAGGGUUAAUAUUUUUUUUAUGAAUAUUUCUUGAAAGUUGUAUCCAUUUAUUAUGAUGUUAGAUUCAUAUAUAGGGCUGUUUUCUAACUGUAAGUUAAAAAGAGUUAAGAUCAUGUGACAUGGGUAAGGUAGUUUACUUUUUGUGUGCUUUAGCUGACAAAAAAAUUUUCGCUUUUUUUUCGUAUGUGACAAACCUAUCAUUACCUCAAGACUUUCUUUGUCAGGUCUUAUGGUUAUUUACAAAACAGAAGUUAAGAGCAUUUAUAGUUUAUCAGAGUUUUUUUUUAUAAAUUUUUGAGUUUAUCAAAGUUUUUAUGAAUGUUAAAAUACUGUUAAGUCUGUAAUACCUUUCCUGAACUACUGGCUCCACAAAAGAACUGUGUUUAGGUACAUAAUUUUUCUGUCUGAUGACUGUUUGGGUCAAGAUACAAGGUCGAUGACACACACUGUUUUGUGACAGUCGUCAAUUCAAAUUUGUCUGUGUAUAUUACGUUUUAUCAGACAUUCUGAUAUGAAAAAUUCCAUGCACAUUUCCGUUAAAACAUGGAAAACGUCACAUUAACAUAUCAUUUGGCGCCGUAGAAGUGCGGAGAAAGAGUGCUACCAUAUUUGAUCUACUUUGUUAAAACACAGUUACGCAUUGACGUCACGCCAUUUGUAUAAUUCAGUCGGGCUAUGUCCUCGUGAUAUUAUUCAGCAAGGAUGUAAACUCGUCAUAUUGAGUCAAAAUGUUAAAGCAUUGUUCUGCUAUAUAUUAUUUCUUUAAACAUUUGCCGCAAAAGGAAAAUCUCAUUUCUUCCCAGAAGAUUGCAUAUAUUUCAGCUCUCUGGAGAGCUAUAGAUAUACUAAGCUGGUGCUGGGCUUCCAUCGCUAAGCAUAAACAUCUUUUUUUUUUACCUCUGUAGACAAUAGAGGAAGUGAUAUGUUAUUAUGCAAAGCAGACUUAUACGUCAGGUUUUUCCCAUUUUAAGUUGUCUCGACAAGCCAGUUCAUCAAUAUAAAUAUGAAAAGGACAUGACUUUAAAAAGAAAAAUCUGUUUUUCAUACGGAACUCUAUACAUGUUUCAUUAUAUCUUUAAUCCCAUCUGUAUAAAGUGAGGGACUUCAAGCCGAGUUGGCCUGCAUGUUUACUGUGUAAUGUUGUUGUUGGCUAAUUAUAAGAGUUUGGUCUUUAGUUCACAUUUGAUGACCUUGAUCUUUGCGUGAUUUCCUUGGUAUGAUACAUGUCUUUAAAACAUUCCACUUAGUAUUUUAAUAGUGUUUUACCGUAGCGUAGAGUGAAAUAGUUGUUAAGAAUUUUUAUGUACAAAUAUUUGGUGAAACGUAAAUAGUGUGCAGAUUUGCAGGAAUAUUACCCUGUAAGACAUUGUCCUUAUUCUCAUGUUGCCAUGUAAAAUUUCAGUCGUGUUAAUUUCAUACUGCAUUUAAUCAUUGGAACUGUAUUGCAUAAUAUUGUAAGUUCUAACUUCUCGGCAAUAUAUGACCAUUUUGUGUCGAUUCGCCGUAAAACCCAACUCACUCACUCACUCUAGAAUAUAAUUGACUUAUGUGAGUGUGUCUUAUUAUUAUGAAGAUAUUACACUUCAAAAGACACUGGUGAUUUACAUUAUGAAAUAAGGUACAGUCGACCUUCGUUGUCUUAAACUCAGUGGGACCGGCUUAACUUUUUCAUAUUUGGUUGUUUGAUCCUAUAUUAUAUAGGGAUUUUGCUGGGACCGGACGAUGAGUUCAAGCGAUGUCGGUGUUCUAAUUAUCUGAGUUGGAGUGGAUGGAGUUUGACUGUACUUUAUGUAUAAGAUACUGCUUUGAGCCGUGCCAUGAGAAAAUCAACAUACUGGGUUUGCGACCAGCAUGGAUCCAGACCAGCCUGCGCAUCCGCGCAGUCUGGUCAGGAUCCAUGCUGUUCGCUUUUAAAGCCUACUGCAAUUAGAGAAACCAUAAGCGAACAGCAUGGAUCCUGACCAGACUGCACGGAUUUUCUCGUGGCACGGCUCAUUUAUGUUAUUUGAUUGGUAAUUUCUUGCUACAUUGACCUUUCUUUUUGAUAAGCUUUUCAUUUAACGAAAAAACAGACUACAGGCAGCCCUGUGCUUCGGUGACGUAAUACACGCUGAUAUCAUUUUUAGCUCACCUGUCACAAAGUGACAAGGUGAGCUUUUGUGAUCGCGCGGUGUCCAUCGUCCGUCCGUGCAUGCGUGCGUCUGUCCGUAAACUUUUGCUUGUGACCACUCUAGAGCUCACAUUUUUGAUGGGAUCUGUAUGAAAGUUGGUCUGAAUGUUCAUCUUGAUGAUAUCUAGGUCAAGUUCGAGACAGGGUCAUGUGCGGACAAAAACUAGGUCAGUAGGUCUAAAAAUAGAAAAACCUUGUGACCUCUCUAGAGGCCAUACUUGUGAAUGGAUCUCCAUAACAAUUGGUCAGAAUGUUCACCUUGAUGAUAUCUAGGUCAACUUUGAAACUGGGUCACAUGCUUUAAAAAACUAGGUCAGUAGGUCAAAUAAUAUAAAAACCUUGUGACCUCUCUAGAGGCCAUACUUUUCAUGGGAUCUGUAUGAAAGUUGGUCUGAAUGUUCAUCUGAUGAUAUCUAGGUCAAGUUUGAAACUGGAUCAACUGCGGUCAAAAACUAGGUCAGUAGGUCUAAAAUUUUUAAAAUCUUUUGACCUCUCGAGAGGCCAUAUUUUUCCAUGGAUCUUCAUGAAAAUUGAUCUGAAUGUUCACCUUGAUGAUAUCUAGGUCAGUUUCGAAACUGGGUUACGUGCGGUCAAAAACUAGGCCAGUAGGUAUAAAAAUAGAAAAACCUUGUGACCUCUCUAGAGGCCAUAUUUUUCAUGAGAUCUUCAUGAAAAUUAGUGAGAAUGUUCACCUUGAUGAUAUCUAGGUAAAGUUCAAAACAGGGUCAGUUACCUUUGAAAACUAGGUCAGUAGGUCAAAUAUUAGAAAAACCUUGUGACCUCUGUAGAGACCAUAUUUUUCAAUGGAUCUUCAUGAAAAUUGGUCAGAAUUUUUAUCUUGAUAAUAUCUAGGUCAAGUUUAAAACUGGGUCACAUUAUCUCAAAAACUAGGUCACUAUGUCAAAUAAUGACGUCAUACUCAAAACUGGGUCAUGUGGGAAGAGGUGAGCGAUUCAGGACCAUCAUGGUCCUCUUGUUGUGUUCAUUUUUAUGUUGUCCAUGUUUAACACUGUAACAGUUGUGAUUUCAUAUGCACCAUGGUCACAUAUGUGAAUUAUUGUUUUGUAUAUGCACUGGUAAUCUUUGAAAAUUGUGCAGUGAUGUAUGUUAGUCUAGCAAUGUCUGUAGUAUUGUAUAAUUGACUCUUACUGGCAUUUUCUUGUAUGUAAAUAAUGGGUUUUACUACAUAGUACUAAUUAAGCCGUCCAUUUUAACUUUCUUUGCCUAUUUACGCAGAAAGAGAGAAUUAUUGGGAAGUUUAUAUUCAUUUCUUAUUAUAUUUUAUUUCGGACUUAUUCUGUUCUAGGUCAAUUUUGUAGGGUAUUUUUGGAUUCUAAGGGUUUUUUAUUUACAGGGGUUUGAUUUUAUGUACCAUUUGGCCUACGGUACUUUGAGUGAAUGGGGGGAAAAUGAUGUUGAUAUAUACACAAAAAAUUGGAUAACUGUAAUAGUGUACACCCUAGUCAUAUCAACAGUCAUGUUGUUACAGUGUUUGCGUCUGUUGCCGAGGUAAAAAAUUAGUUCAAGGUUAUAAGAUGGGUUUGUUUACAUCUUUAUGUAGAAAUACCCAUAAUGUAUAGUUACAAACAUCUGCUGAAAAUUAGCCAAAAAACUUCUGAGUUGCUCACAACAUAUAAAUUUACAAGUUUUAAACUUCAGAUACAUGUUUUACAUGUACAUUCUGAAUGCGCUUGACUAAAUUGUGAUGAAAUUGCUAUGUUCUGAAUCUUGACAUCUGAAGACACUGAAAUGUUAACUGUUAAGGUAGUUCUGCACGUUUGGAUCGAACUUUUUCCUACAAUGUAGAAUUUGAUUAAACUCUGAUUUUUCAAAACUUCAGAAUAUACUUAGAAAGUUCAGCAAAUAAAAAAGAUAGGAUUGUGCACUUGAUUUUUCGCUAGAUUUAUCUGAAAAAAUUGGACCUCACGCAAUUUUUCAUCAUGGGAGUCUAUGGGAAAAUCGCAACUUUCAUAACAUUUUCGCGAAUAGAAAUUUUUCUACAAUGUAGAUUUUAAUGAAACUUCCCAAAGUCGUAAAUAAAUAUAUGGUCUAUAAUUAGGUGAAAUAAUAUGUAUAGGUCCAAGUGCUUAUUUUUGAGAUAUUUGACUGUGAUUAAGGUGAACCGCACAUUUUAAGCUAAUUUUCAGACAUUACAUUGAAUUAUUUAACGUGUCAGAUGUUUUAAUAUCAUAUUUUAACUUUAGAAAGAUAGUAACAGUGCCAUUGUAAUAAAUUAAAUUGCAAGUUACCAUUUAUUCAUAAAUGAUUUUCAUUUCGGUUUACCGAAUCCAGAUUUUAUUCUACGUUUUCCGGAUAAAUGACUUCCGGUUUAUCAAAUGUGCAGAACUACUUUAAAUUGUUUUUAUUAACUAAGAUAAAUAAUCUUUCUUUGAGUGUACACCAGGUGCCAUCUUUCACGACUGACAUAACCACAAGUGAAAAUGUUGGAUAAGGUUGAGGGAAAGAUAUUUCGUUUUAAAUAACAUUUUGUCCAAUAUUUAUUCUGUACCAUUUAAAUAUAUACAUUUGAUAUUUUCUAUGUGAAGUUACCAGGUAUAUUUAAACAUUAUAUUUCAGUAAUUCACUGAAAAACAUAUUACAGUGAAAGAGUCCAUGUGGUUCUCGACUGUUUUCAACGUAUAGAUCACAGGGAAAUCUUGGGUAACUAGAGCAUUCAGCUCGUCACCAUGGGACCUCAAGCAGUCAGCAGUUUACUGUAAAUCAAAAUAUUUCCCGCUACCCACUGCCCGGAUUUCCAGGGGAAAAUAUCAGAUUAUUUGAUAAAAUGAAGCUGAAUCAUUAUUCCAUAAUGUAAUAUAAUUCUUGACAUUUAAAUUGCAAGUCAUUAUAAAGUUGCUCCAAAGAAAUUUUUGGCUUGAGAGUUGAAGUAUUGAAGAUAACUUCGUCUAAAAAUUGUGUUAUUUUCCCUUCAGUCAUGCGGGCAAUGAACAUCCUAUUUUGAGAUUAAAUGACAAAUGUUCUACCAAGGUAGAUGUGGCUUAUUUUAUUAUCCAGGAGCUUAAAUCAUUUCUUUACUUCUACAGCUGAGUAUAUUUAUUCAGAUCUGUCAUCUCAUGUUCUUUUUUUUUUCAAUCUACAGCCUGGAAGAGCUUGCUUUUGUUGAUUAUGCAGUUUUUUUUUAAUAUUAUAUAGAACAAAAUAUAUUAAAUAUUUAUUAUAUUGGACUAGCAGUAUGGUAAUGGGCAUGUCUGUAAUUACUACAUACAUGUAUUCGUUUAUAAUGCAUAAAUAUUUUUGAAUAAUCUUUUUUGUUUUGUUUUACAGCUGUUAAUUUGCUAUUUUAAGAGAAAAAUUUACAUUUCACAAGUAGACUUUUCUAACAAUUUUUUUUUAUACAGGUUUUCAACUAAAUUGUUAAAAUAUUUAUCAGUGUACAGGGCUAACUUCCUUUUUUACCAACUUAAUAAAAUAAAUCUGAAAAUGUUUUUUUUUUGUAUACUUUGUGAUACUGAAGGGUUCUGCUCUAGAAAUUGUUCAAGGCAGAGCUCAUGUAACAGAAUUGUUGUUUGUGAACAGAGAGAAAUAUAACUAUGAGCAAGAAAUACAAGAUUUUACAUCAAGUUUAAAAACAUUUUGUAUUUUAUAGCCAAGGGCAGAGGUACUAGCUAUGUAAGUGUACCUUUUGAAUCUAGUUUCAUUCAUAUAUGGAGGGAUCUGUACAUUUUCUUCUGUCUUUACAAUUUCGCUAUUAUUUUGUUAUUAUAGUCUGUAUAAUAUUGAAGCUAUAAAUAAAUAUAUGAAGUGAUAUACAUAGA